AUGUGGAGUAUGCAAAGAAGUGAGAGCAUGCACGCAUUCUACGGUGGAUACUUACAUAGUAAAACUAGCUUGGUUCAAUUUGUUCACGAAUAUGACAAUGUUCUUGGAGUCAAGGAGCAGAGGGAACUGAAAGAUGAUGCUGCAAACUCGAGGGGGGUUAUACCUUGUGCAACCAGCUCGCCUAUGGAGAAACAGUUUCAGCAAGAGUAUACCACGAGCAUUUUUAGGGAUGUUCAAAUUGAGUUUGUGAAGAAGGCUAACUGCAGAGUUUCUGCAGUUGAUGAACAGGGUCCAUUGGUCUGCGUGACGGUGAAAGAGGAGAAACUAGUCAAUGAUACUAUUCUAUGCGUUCCGUACGAUGUUCACUUUGACCAUUCCACACAGGAGCUUCGUUGUGAGUGCAAUCUUUUUGAGAGUUCAGGUGUGUUGUGCUCUCACUGCCUUGAAGUUUUUCAUUCAUAUAAAGUGUACAAAGUACCUUCAUGUUAUGUUCUCCCUCGAUGGAGCAAGAAGAUAAAGCGCAAACAUACGUAUGUCAAAAGUAGCCAUGAUAUCAGUCGGUCGGAUGAGAGUCAUGUUGCAUUCAGGGGACUGUGUGCACACUUCUAUAAUGUUGCUCAAGAGUUCGUCGGUGACGAUGAAGAAACAGCAUUGCUGUAUGUUGCUUUGGAAGAAACAAUGGCCAAAUUGGCUGCGUAUCGUGCCAAAAAGAGGUCCGAGAGCGUGUCAAAGACCCAGACGAACAUUGGCUCACGGAGUUCGAACGAUGUCAGUAUUGAUGACAUCCAAGGUCCAUCGAAGGUCACCACAAAGGGGAGGCCAAAGAGUAAGAGGCUCGGCGCUGCCCUUGAGAAGUCCUUCAAGAAUUCAAGGCGGAGAAAACAAAAGAAUUCAUCCCCGGUAGAUGUUUGGCUUAAUCUCAACUUUGUGGUUCGUCCACACGCAUUUCAAGAUACACACCAUGGUUCUGUUGUUGGCCUAAAUGUCCCCGAACAAGCCGGUAGUUUCAUGUCUUUGUUAAGCUCCUUCAACAAAAAGUAG